UACAAGUCAGUUUAUUAGGGCCCCUUUUGUACUCUGAACACCAGGCUUGCUCUUGGAGUCCCCAUAUAAACCUGAGGCAUGGCUCUGGCAAUCUAAACACUGGCCUGGGCGGCAGCCCACAGCCAUAUGGCUGGGGGUAAGGGGCCCACACGUGGCAUCCCCGAGCUCAGUGGCUAGGAUCUGACACCGUCUCCAGCAAGGUGAAACUGCUGAAUCUCCAGGAUGGCCAUACAGUUCCGUGCAAUCUUCCCCUUAGCCUUGCCUGGAGUUUUGGCACUCGUCGGCUGGUGGUGGUUUUUCUCUCGGAAAAAAGAGCAUGUCAGCAGUCGUGACAGGCAGGCAGUGGCCGCAGCCAAAGAUCUUAGGACAGACACCCCAAUUGAGGAAUCUCUCUUGAGGGAAGAAGUCUGCUAUACCAGAGUAGUGCCUUUACCAUCAGAUGGUUCACGGCCUCCGGAAAAAGAGAUAGUAACUAUGGGUAAAAAUUCUGUGGAACUUGUAACUAAACCAUCACAGGCAUAUCCAGUUCCAAGAAAAUCAGAUUCUACUAGCACCUUCCCUGUCACCACAGACCCAAAGCUCCAAAUGGGUGUACGCAAGGAAGAUGGAAAAUUGGAAAAAGCAGCAUCUCAACAGGAAACGAGGUCUAUUACCAAAGAGCCUUCACUUCCACCCCUGAAGGAUGCUGUCUUCCCCCAUGAAGCAAUAGAACUACAAAAACAGGAGUCCCUGUUCAGUCUGACACCUGGGAAAGGCUGGCCAGACCAUUUGGAGGCCCCCUCUGAGCAGCAUGGCCCUUUGGAGAAGAUAAAGGAGACAAGUGGAAUAGAAGGAACGGGCGAUGCAGCCCCAGGAGAGAACAUGUCUGAAGAAGGUGGCUUGUCCCACGACCUUCGUUUUGAAUCCAGAAACAGACUUCCUAGCCAGGAUACUGUGAUGGAAGAAGAAAAAGGGAAGGAGAGUAGAUCUCGGUUAGUCAGGACAGUGCAGAAGGAAGAAUACCUGGGGAAAGUAUUGAAUAGCUUUAUAGCAUCAAGUCAAGCAGAAUUGUCACAGGAAGAAGAGGCAUUGACUCAUCAGGUCAGAGGUAGCAGAUCUGGAGGUUUCCUAGAUGGGGACCACCUUGCAGGGGAGCUAAAGAAAGGAAGCCCUCUAGAAAUCAGAGAGGAGAAAGGAAGCCCUCUAGAAAUCAGAGAGGAGAAAGGAAGCCUUCUAGAAAUCAGAGGGGAGAAAGGAAGCCCUCUAGAAAUCAGAGGGGGGAAAGGAAGCCUUCUAGAAAUCAGAGGGGAGAAAGGAAGCCCUCUAGAAAUCAGAGGGGAGAAAGGAAGCCCUCUAGAAAUCAGAGGGGAGAAAGGAAGCCCUCUAGAAAUCAGAGGGGAGAAAGGAAGCCCUCUGGAAAUCAGAGGGGAGAAAGGAAGCCCUCUGGAAAUCAGAGGGGAGAAAGGAAGCCCUCUGGAAAUCAGAGGGGAGAAAGGAAGCCCUCUGGAAAUCAGAGGGGAGAAAGGAAGCCCUCUGGAAAGCAGAGAGGAGAAAGGAAGCCCUCUGGAAAUCAGAGGGGAGAAAGGAAGCCCUCUGGAAAUCAGAGAGGAGAAAGGAAGCCCUCUGGAAAUCAGAGAGGAGAAAGGAAGCCCUCUGGAAAUCAGAGAGGAGAAAGGAAGCCCUCUGGAAAUCAGAGAGGAGAAAGGAAGCCCUCUGGAAAUCAGAGAGGAGAAAGGAAGCCCUCUAGAAAUCAGAGGGGAGAAAGGAAGCCCUCUGGAAAUCAGAGGGGAGAAAGGAAGCCCUCUGGAAAUCAGAGAGGAGAAAGGAAGCCCUCUGGAAAUCAGAGAGGAGAAAGGAAGCCCUCUGGAAAUCAGAGAGGAGAAAGGAAGCCCUCUGGAAAUCGGAGAGGAGAAAGGAAGCCCUCUGGAAAUCAGAGAGGAGAAAGGAAGCCCUCUGGAAAUCAGAGAGGAGAAAGGAAGCCCUCUGGAAAUCAGAGAGGAGAAAGGAAGCCCUCUGGAAAUCAGAGAGGAGAAAGGAAGCCUUCUAGAAAUCAGAGAAGAGAAAGGAAGCCUAGAAAUCAGAGAGGAUAUUGAACAGGCAGCCAUGCAGAUAAUUUCCAAAGUGAUCUUGGCAGCAAAGGAAGAAAUGCUAGGGAAAACAGUGGGUAGCCUCAAGCAACACAACUGUCAACCCUUAGUUAGUUGGGUUGAAGGCUCAGUGGAGGAGAACUUUGCCCUAGCCAGCCAGAAACCUGUCUUGGGGCAGAACAUAUUAGAUCCUAGUAGGGCUGUGAUUGAGCCACCAAAGGCAGUAAGAGAGAUAGUGGAGCUGGAAGCAGCUGGCCUACAGGAGGAGGAGGAGGAGGAGGAGGAGAAGAAGGAGGAGGAGGAGGAGGAGGAGGUGGAGGAGGAGGAAGAGGAGGAGGAGAAGGAGGAGAACCUCAUUCAUGAGCAAGUCUCCUAUGUGAGUUGUCUGACGAACAGCCUCAUGUCCAGGGCUGCCCUUGAUGACAAGCCAAAGAAUUCUGCCCAUCGUUUCUCCUUGGCAGCAUGUCCACCCCAGGCCGUCCACCACAGUGAGUCAUUUGAGGAGGCCAACAUCAGGGUAGAGGAUACCAGCUGUGUCACCUGCAUGUCAGAGGACAGCCAGAGGGCACAGUCAGUAUCCUCUUCUGGUCACAGUUCAGAUUCUGCAGGCACUUCUGGGCUAGAAGAGUCUUCCAUGGAGCCCAACCUAAGCCCCAGCAACAAUCCACUUACCUCUCCGCUGCUGGAAAGGACUGUGUCCUAUAGCAAUGGAGUGUUGAAAGGGGAGUCCUCUGACUUGGGGACAGAGGAUAGAUGGACCACAGAGACAGAGGCUGAUCAGUCUGGAGGUUCAGAUGUGAACAGCAUGGAUUCUGUGGACAGUGGCUGUGGCCUUAGGAAGACAGAAAGUCACUCAAGCUCCCAGGCAGGCACUGAGAGCAACAAGGUUGAGCUCACAAUAUGGGAGAUAGAGGUGCCAAAGCACUUGGUUGGCCGGCUAAUUGGCAAACAGGGACGAUAUGUGAGUUUCCUGAAACAAACGUCUGGUGCCAAGAUCUAUAUUUCAACACUACCUUAUACCCAGAAUUUUCAGAUCUGCCAUAUAGAAGGAUCUCAGCAUCAUGUAGACAAAGCACUUAGUUUGAUUGGUAAGAAGUUCAAGGAGUUGAACCUGACCAAUAUUUACGCUCCUCCACUUCCUUCGCUGACUCUGCCUUCUCUUCCAAUGACUUCCUGGCUCAUGCUCCCCGAUGGUGUCACUGUGGAAGUGAUUGUGGUCAAUCAGGUGAAUGCCGGCCACAUGUUUGUGCAGCAGCAUACGCACCCCACUUUCCAUGCGCUCCGCAGUUUGGACCAGCAGAUGUACCUUUGCUACUCUCAGCCAGGGAUCCCUACCUUACCUACACCAGUAGAAGUAGCAGUAAUCUGUGCUGCCCCUGGGUUGGAUGGAGCCUGGUGGCGGGCCCAAGUUGUUGCUUACUACAAAGAGAGUGAUGAAGUUGAGAUUCGUUAUGUGGACUACGGUGGAUAUAAAAGAGUGAAAACUGAAAUACUUCGGCAAAUCAGGUCUGAUUUUGUUACACUGCCAUUCCAAGGAGCAGAAGUCUUACUGGAUAAUGUGGCACCUCUGUCAGAUGAGGAUCAUUUUUCACCAGAAGCUGAUGCGGCCGUAAGUGAAAUGACCAGAGGUACACCACUGCUUGCUCAGGUUACCAAUUAUAAUUCUACUGGCCUGCCUCUUAUACAGCUAUGGAGUAUGAUUGGGGAAGAGGCGGUGUCUAUAAACCGAACGUUGGUGGAAAGAGGACUUGCCCAGUGGAUAGACAGCUACUACACAAGCCUUUGAUACCCCCCCAGGCAGCCACUUCCUGAAUCCUUUUUUGCACUGUAUUAGAAUUGGGCUUGGCACUCAUGGGAAAGAUUUGUUUCACAUCAGAAUACAAACUGUUGUCCUCCCCCAGUAAUAGUCAUUUUUUAGGCCAUAUUGUGGUCACUUUAAGGAAAUAUAACCUCAUCUCUAUGGAAAGCAGGGAUAUUUUUUAAAGCCACAAGGCCAUAGAUUUACAACUCCCUAAUGUGGUUUCAAACUGAAAAAAAAAAUUAAAAACACUCCACAAAAUAGGGGGAAGGGUCUUUAAUGAAAUAAAAAUACUUUCUCUUUCACUUCUUUCCCUCCCUCCCAAAAGAGUUGUGGCUAUUCCUGUUUUGUGAGUAUAAUAGCAUUUUAAGCAGAUAUAUGUUGCCCACUCAAGAAAGAGUUUUACUGUUUCUAAGCUCCCAAAGUCUGUGUUGACAAGUCUAGUGUUAAUGUGACCAGCCUGCUUAUUUAAAAAAAAAUAGACUUUAUGGUACUUUACCUAUGUAUACACCCUCCUCGAAGACUUCAUUUGUUAAUCAAUAGGAAACCAAACUUGCAGAAGUUAGGUACAGGACAACAGUCACAGUUUUGGCCUCUGGAAAUUUUCCCCCCUGGUGGGGUCAGGAAGGUGUCUAAAGGAGAGGACCUGUCAGACUGCCAAGCCUAAUUGUAAUUUGUAACCAUUUUCUAUUUGUGCAAAGUCUGUAAAUAUAUAAAGAAAGAAAAAUCACUGUAAUAUUUUGUACAAGAAACACUGGAGAAGAAAGGGAACUUGGCUUUUUUUCUGCCGUUGAUAUUCUCGAGUAGGUAGAAACCAUUCACUGUGCAUAGUCCUUCCCGCUCUUAUUCCCAGAACCUCUUGAGAAGAUGCUCUUUUCCCUAAUACCCAUAGGAUGGCAUAAUCAGGAUUAUUGGAUGGUAUGGAUUGAGAAUUCUUGCUUGCUUAUUUUCUUCUGGUGUACAGAUCUGUAAAAAGUAACCAAAUGGAAUUAGUAUUGCAUUGGAGUGACUUUUUGAUUAAUUCUUUGCUCUUUUUAGACUGGCAAAAGAAUUGUGCAAUUUAAAAUUGUUAAAGUAAUUUAAGCUAACUUAAAACUUAUAUAAAAAAGCCAUGAAUUGUAUAA